AUGAUCCUGACUACUCCCCGUCGACCUCCACAGGAGGAGGAGGAGAUGACGGAACCACCGAGACAGAAUCAGGGCAUGGAGGAGAAUGUGGAUGGAAAGAAGGAGAAUCGCCGGAAGCAGGAUUUCUGA